AUGUUUGAUGAAGCUCCUCGUAACCCGGAGAUAAGAUACGGGACAAACUCCCAGUCGGACACAGUCAAGGAAUACGUUCACUGCCUUAACUCUACCCUCUGUACGACUGAGCGUUCUCUCUGUUACUUAUUGGAGAACUACCAGACCCCUGAGUAUAUCAACGUCCCUGAACCCCUCAGGAAGUAUAUUCCAGGGGCCCCAGGGCUUUUGCCCUUCAGCAAAGAGUUGCCGACCAAUAACACCUCAAUGGGAAGGGGUAACCCAAAGGCAUAG